ACUUUCGCAAUUACUAAAACACCCAUAAGACAUUCCAAACCCUAAAACGACAAGUUGAAGUUCCACUGACUCAACUUUGGCCGUAAGAAAGCAAAAGCUCGCCAAAAAACGCCGGCGAAGUUUGUCACCGACCGCCAGAGUCGUGAAAUUCCAGAUCUACAUAUAACUAUGUCUGGUAAUUCAAGUUGCACCGUUUACAUAGGCAAUCUGGAUGAGAGGGUGACAGACAGGAUAUUGUAUGAUAUAUUAAUUCAAGCUGGACGAGUGGUAGACUUGCACAUUCCUAAAGAUAAGGAAUCUGAAAAACCAAAAGGUUUUGCCUUUGCAGAAUAUGAAACUGAGGAGAUUGCAGACUAUGCUGUCAGACUUUUCUCAGGCCUUGUAACACUGUACAAACGAACCCUGAAGUUUGCGUCUGCUAAUAAACAGAUAUCUGGAAGGGACAAAAAUACCCCAAAUAGUUCUACAGCUACUACACCCUCGUCAAAUUCUUCUCAACGACCAAGGCCUUACCCUGUGCAAAUAAAUAGUUCAGAAAAUUUUCAGCAUUCCGCUAGGCAAUCAAUACCUGACCGAUUCUCAGAUCGUGCGUUAAAUUAUUCUCAAGUCGGAGAGCUUUUGGGGAGGAACCGUGCAACCAACCAAUCUAAUGCGUAUGGAUCUCACUUUGGUGGCAACCAUUUGGACCAUAGUCGGAGAGCUUUUGGGGAGGAACUGGAUAACGCUAGCCGUUCCAGGCCACGCCGCCCUGAUACAGUUAGCCCAAUCUCUUACCCACCUUACUAAUAUUUUCAAUAGAUCUGAGAGAUUAAACUUCCAUUAAAUAUUAGUUGGAAGUGAAAGUAGAAUGUGGAUGCUAGAUAUUCCAUAUCUACUGGUGCUUUAAGCAAAGCCAUUGUUGUUGUAGUGUACCAAAGUUCUUAGUUAUCCAGGUAGGUUGAUGCUUUUGUACUAACUGUUUAUCAUUUCCUUCCUUGUUAUUAUUGAGGAAUACCUCCAUGUACUUCUCUAGGUUAAAACUCCAUAGUUACAGAAGGUUAUUUAUUGCCUGUUUAAAGUGGUCGUUUUUGGAUUUCACUUAAUGACUUGACUGAUUGGAUCUGAGCAAGUUGUAGCUCUGUUGUUUACUUUAUGACAUUGAAGUGACAUAUGUUUCAA